AUAGCUGUUUUUGUGACGUUGCGGUUGGAUGAACGUGCAAAAGUUACAAACGCGAAGGUAUCAAAUUUUCGUAGUUUCAUAUCGGAUAAACUGAACCACACAAUUCGUAGAUAAAUAGAAACGAGAGAUUGAUUGUUCUUAUUAGAGGGCCAUAUAUAACAUAGAUUUGGAGUUAUUUCCUUGAACAUUGUAACACAGAUAAAUUAAAACAACGACAAGAAAGGAACUAGCUGCAAAAUAACAGUCGUUAAGAGCGGUAAAAACUACUUGAGAAAAAGUGUCAAAUAAAAGCGCGACUGCUGAACUAACUUAUUCGUUAAAAACAACAACUGUUAAACCAUGUUGCCUGGCUCGAUGUACCCGAAGAAAACAUAUGGAAGAUCACUGUUUGUUGGUGAAUUUAAACACGCAGUUCAUCUUGCAGAAGAUAAGAAUGUGGUCAGUACAACUACGAGUACUGGGGGUAAAACAGAAGACGAAACCGAAAAGGGUGAUCUCAAGUCACCCGAUGAAGUCAGAGACCCUGUGCAAGUGUCACAGAAAACUUUGACGUUUGAGCAAGAUUCUGGUGGGAAAGCGGAGAAAGAGGAAGACAUAAAAGUCGUGUGGAAGAAAGCGACAAACCCGGGAGCUACUGUUGUUAAGUCCAAGAAGGGGCCCGCGUCGAAAGCGUUUUUUACUCCAGCAAGCACCGAGGAAAAAGAAAACCCAGCCGAGCAGGUUUUGGAUCUACCUGUUGUAAAAGAUGAGGCCACCUCUGAAGCCGACCCUCCAAAACCACUCAAGAAGAAAAAGCAAGGGCAGCAAACUUUGCCAGCGUUUCUUGUGAGAAAAAACUUUGUGCCCAAAGCUGGAACGAAAGCAAAAUCAUCCCCCAGAGCUUCGGAUGCAAGACAGCAGGAUAAGUUGGGAGUGAAAGAUAAAGAAGAGAGUGAAGCAGAAGAGAGCAUGGAGCAGAUGGAGGAGGAAGUGGGAGGAAAUGAAGAAAAUGAGCAGGGUGAGAGGGAUAGUGAAAAAAAAGAAGAACGACCUGAAGAAGGAGAUUUGGAUGCUGGAGAGAACGACACUGUUGAAUCCAACCAAGUAAGUGAGACAUCUGAACCUCAAACCCAACAAAAUGAUCAACCAGCGGAGGUCACUCUUACAGGGGAAGAUGAUGAGAGUGAAGUAAACGAAGAAACUAAGAAGUCGAUUGUUAUAAAACCGAGUGACUUGUCAGCUUAUGCUGGGAGAUUAGUAGAAGAUGACGACCACGGAAAACAACCAAUGUUUUGGAGCCAGAUGCGGUGGAAGACCUAAAGCGUGAUCUCGCUGAGAAAGGCAUCAUCACUCUUCCUCCCAGUCUACAUACGGAUCUAAAGCAAGAACUUCC